GACACGCCUCUAACAAAAUUCCAAAAUUAAUUUUUCAGCAUUUUCCCUGUCCCUUCCUCCUCACGCAUGAUGACAUGUUAUGUAUAUAUUAUUAUACAAAUUGUUUGAAACAAAAUUACGCGCGAAGCUGCGUUUUUUCAACUAAAAGAACGAAACAAAAAAAUUACAAUUCGCUGAUAUCGAUUCUGGUUUAUCCGUUGAUGGUAAUUCAUUUUUUUUUUUUUAAAUUUGAACACGAAAAAGGAGGAAGUGCACGUUGGCAGUGCUAAUUUUGAAUUGCAAUCUCCGGCCAGCUCCACGCAUUAGCAAAAAAUGAACAAUUAAAAUAGUGUCAUUGUUUUUUCCGUUUAGCUAAAAGAAAUUUUUCUUUCGAAUGAAUUUUAUUUCAUUUUUAAUUUUCCUUUAAAUGAAAAUUUUAUUUCAAGUUUAUUUAUUUUUUUUUUUAAAACAAUCUUCUCUUUUUUUUAUUUUUCUUUAGCCUUCUCACAUCAUCUACUGUAAAUUAAAACAUUUUUAUAAACUGCUACGAUUUUUAUCAAAGCAAUUACGUUUAUACGUACCAUCCCCAUAAUUAAAGGAAAAAAGAAGCCCUUCCCCAAUUUUUUCGCCAUCCAUCUGGUUUUUACCUUCCACCAAAUUGUAAAUCCUCUACCCAAAAAAGCCCCCCGAGCACAAUGAGCAUGGCCGACUUGUUUGAAAAGUGCGUUUCCUUCAUCAACGCGCUUCCCAAAAGUGAAAUGAUAUCCUUGGAAAAUAAAUUACUUUUGUACAAAUACUUUAAGCAAAGCACAGUUGGAAACUGUAACAUAGGUGCACCAAGCAUGUUUAAGCUUCAGGAAAGAAAAAAAUAUGAAGCAUGGAAAUCAAUAGAAAACAUGAGCAAAGAGGAAGCAAAGAACAAGUAUGUCGAAACGGUUAAGAGUUUGUACCCAGACUGGGACAAGGGAGUUUAAAAGAAAAGAUUUACAAAUGUGAUCUGAACAUAUUUUGUACAACAUAAGGAGAAAUUUAUAAAAUGUGUAAGAACAAUUUUGCGUAUACAUCACGCAGCAUCCCACGUUGUGCUGCAAAUGUUUAGAAGUACUUACAACAUGAGAGUAAAACAGCGCGUAAUUGUUUAUGUAAACAUCUUCACGAAUGCAUAUUUCUAGCCGUGUUGAUGAUGACACGGUGUGACGAGCACAUUUCUUCUUUUUUUUUUUUUUU